GAAAUAGCGUCAUUCUCUUAUAUGUUUUUCAUAAAUUGAAUAUAUUGUAAAUGUUUGCCCAAUAGCAUCCAAAAAUGACUCAUCUAACUAGUGUUAUCAUUACGAUUGUGGAUGGUAAGUUUAAAGAAAAGUUGGCCUUGAAUCAUGCCACAUAACACGUUCUUCCUUCCACAAGAGGUGAAGCUGAGGACCAAACCAAAUGGUCAUAAUUCACGUCGUUGAUGGCUCAUCAAAUUAAUGAUAGCGUACAACAUUGGCUACCCAUUUAAUUCAUGCAUAUAGUACGUUCACUGUUGACUACUACCCCUGGGCAGAAAAAGGUUACAAUGUUACAAUUAUACGACCCGCAAUCUAGUAGGACGUCACUAGCAAUACAAGGAAACCCAGAACAGAAAGAGAGAGAAAUUUGAGUAUUGGAACAAAAUUGUACUACACUACUACGUCCAUCCCAUACCAAUUACCACACAUAAUACAAUCUAAUCCAAUUAGUUAAUGAGUUCUAGUUGAACGGUUCCUUCAAUUCCUUUUCCAAUUAGGUAAACGGAUUCGGCAAGAACAAUCAAACUGGACUAUCACCCAUUUUAACUUUUAUCUCAAUCCUAAUCGCCAUCUCCGCCUACAAAUAAAGCUAAAUAAAUAAACGUGGCAGACAUCCUAUGCCCCAAGUCUAUUUUGAAGUGACAUUUUAACUCACAUAUAUAAAAAAGAAUUUGACCCACUGUGUAUCCAAUUCAACAGUGCAGUAACUUUAAUUUCAUGAAGGGUAAAUUCUUUUUUAUCUCUUUUAUCGAAAUAUUUAAACAUCUAAAUAGGUGUUAAAAAAUGAUUUUUUGAUAUUAUGCAAUGUAUGAAAUAUUUUCCAAAUGAAAAGUAGCAAGUCCACCAUUACGUGCGUCACACGACGAAGCAGUUUAACAAACAUCAAUUUCUAAAACUUACUUUUCUGAACCCCAAUAUAAUCGAAGCCAAAGUCCAUUAGUUAAACUGAAAUCAGAGGCUGAUAAAAGAAUUGGUGGAGAGUGAUGGGAAACCAAGUCUCACUAAGGCCCUCAGAUUCGACGGGAAGAAUCGUGUUAUGGGACGGAUCAGUGCAGGAAAUUGAGCAAUCGGUGACAGUGGCAGAGUUAAUGCUGGAGCACCCAGAGCAAGUGGUGGUGGAGCUGCAUUCAGCGGUGACCCAGAAAAGAGCAACACCGUUACCAGCGGAUAAGAAGCUAGAGAGAAACAAGGUGUAUCUGAUGGUUCCCGUGAAGCGAGGGAAGCCGGUUGGGUUAAGCGGAGAAGAGGGUCGUCGCAUGUUGUUGCUCCUUAACUCUGCUCUGCAUUCAAAGUCCUCUCUUGUCACUUCUUCCAAGUUUCUUCCCUGGCUUACGCGUUUGUGCCAAAACACAACCAUUGUGGAGCCUCAGGCUCAGAGAAAGGAGCAUGAAACGGAGAAGAGGGAAGAGAGGUUCCACUUUUCUGAGAUGUUGCCGGAAACGUUGGAAGGGAGGCCCGAGUAUUUGAACCGCCAGUUGUCGGCCAAGGGGUGGAAGCCUAGUUUGGACACCAUUAAGGAGAAGAAUAUUGACACAAAACUCACUCACUGGUUGUUCCUCAAGUAACACGCUUCUUCUGCCAACGCUUCCAUCCACUUCUUUAAGUCUUUUUCUUCUUCUUCUUCAAUUUCAGGAUUUUAAUUCAGAAGCAACGCUAAAAACAGCUCAACAACUUCAUUCAAGUUUCUUUUUCUCUUCUUUUGACUAUAGUUGUCACUUGUUAAUUAAUGAAAAUAUCGUGGCUUUAUGUGGCUAUUAAAUGUAAUAACGUAAAAAGAGUUAAGCUAUGUAUAUGUAUAUGAACUUCUGUGACAAGAUAGUGAAGCUGCCCAAAUGAAACCGUGAAGCCCUCUCUUCUGUUUC